CGUGGGCAUCGGUGGCCCAUCAGCAGCAAAAGCUGAGCAAAGGCUGCCCAAAGGGCUGGGGGAAGGGUGAAAACAGCAGCAGCAGCAGCAGCAGCAGCAGCAACAAAUAAACCCAGCAGCCAAACCGCCCCGUAGGAAAGGGGAGAGGAGCAAGCAGGAGAGCCCAGGGAGCCUGUGCAUUUUGUGUCUUUACAGGAGCUUUCUGCAGCCCUUACGCAUCUCUUGCCAGUGUAUGUGCAUCAGUGUCCCGGGGAAGAGCAUCCUUUUAGGAGGAAGAGCUGGAAAUCAGUCAGAAGAGAAAAGAAAAAACAAACAAACUCCCCACCAGCUAUUACCCCUUCCCAGAGGAAGGUGAGAGGGAGAGAGAGAAAGGAAUUUAAGGGAAUGAAGCUGGAGGAUCCAGAGGCUCAGAGAGGAAAAGUUGCCCUGACGGGAGACUCUGCGUACUAGAGCCUGAGCUCUGCUCCACAAUGGGAAUUCUCGUGUCUAAAGGAAACCUCCUCCUCCUGCUGUGUGCCAGCAUCUUCCCUGCCUUCGGUCAUGUGGAAACACGAGCCCACGCGGAAGAGCGUCUCCUGAAGAAACUCUUCUCUGGUUAUAACAAGUGGUCCCGUCCCGUCGCCAACAUUUCAGAUGUCGUACUCGUCCGCUUCGGCUUGUCCAUUGCCCAGCUCAUCGAUGUUGAUGAGAAAAAUCAAAUGAUGACCACGAACGUGUGGGUGAAACAGGAGUGGCAUGACUACAAACUACGCUGGGACCCCCAAGAGUAUGAAAAUGUCACAUCCAUCCGCAUCCCCUCGGAGCUCAUCUGGAGGCCAGAUAUUGUCCUCUACAACAAUGCUGACGGUGACUUUGCAGUUACCCACCUGACCAAGGCUCACCUCUUCUAUGAUGGGAGAAUUAAAUGGAUGCCACCUGCAAUCUAUAAAAGCUCCUGCAGCAUCGAUGUUACCUUCUUCCCCUUUGACCAACAAAACUGCACAAUGAAGUUUGGCUCCUGGACCUAUGAUAAAGCCAAGAUAGACUUGGUGAGCAUGCACAGUCAUGUGGACCAGCUGGACUACUGGGAGAGCGGGGAAUGGGUCAUCAUCAAUGCUGUGGGCAAUUACAACAGCAAGAAAUAUGAAUGCUGCACAGAGAUCUACCCCGAUAUAACUUACUCCUUCAUUAUCCGGAGGCUGCCACUGUUCUACACAAUCAAUCUGAUCAUCCCUUGCCUGCUGAUCUCCUGCCUGACUGUCCUGGUCUUCUACCUGCCCUCUGAGUGUGGAGAGAAGAUAACCUUGUGCAUCUCCGUGCUGCUGUCCCUCACUGUGUUCCUGCUGCUCAUCACAGAGAUCAUCCCAUCUACCUCCUUGGUCAUCCCUCUGAUUGGAGAGUAUCUUCUCUUCACCAUGAUAUUUGUUACCUUGUCUAUCAUUAUCACUGUCUUUGUCCUCAAUGUGCACCAUCGUUCUCCACGUACCCACACGAUGCCUGACUGGGUGAGAAGGAUCUUCCUUGACAUAGUCCCACGCCUCCUCUUCAUGAAACGUCCCUCCACAGUGAAAGACAAUUGCAAGAAGCUCAUUGAAUCCAUGCACAAAGUAACCAAUACGCCAAGGCUUUGGUCCGAGAUUGAUGUGGAACCCAACUUCGCUACCUCAUCUUCCUCCAGCCCCCAGAGUAAUGAGCCAUCACCCACGUCUUCCUUCUGUGCCCACCUCGAGGAGCCAGCCAAGCCUCAGCCUAUCUGCAAGUCCCCUUCUGGGCAGUACUCUGUGCUGCACCCAGAGCCCGUGCAGGUGACCUGCUCCUCUCCACAAGCCUCAUGCCGCCCUCUGGGUGACACCCAGACCACCUCCAUCUUGAAAGGCAGAUCACUAAGUGUGCAGCAGAUGUACAGCCCCAAUAAGGCAGAGGAAGGGAGCAUCCGCUGUAGGUCCCGGAGCAUCCAGUAUUGCUACCUGCAAGAGGACUCUUCCCAGACCAACGGCCAAUCCACUGGUUCUCCAGCAUCCCAGCGGUACCACCUAAAUGAAGAGCAGCCCCAGCACAAGCCCCCUCAGUGCAAGUGUAAAUGCAAAAAGAAUGAGGCAGCUGGCACACCAGCCCAAGGAAGCAAGACUCACAGCGCCAAAGAGCAACACCUUGUGUUGAUGUCCCCAGCCCUGAAGUUGGCAGUGGAAGGGGUUCAUUACAUCGCAGACCACCUGCGAGCAGAAGACGCGGAUUUCUCACUAUUUACAGCACCAAACAUCAAAAGCAGAAGAAAAGGAGCAGUUUUGAGGGCUCUGACCAGACUUGCUGCCAGCUCAGCCUGCGAGCAAAGGCACCAGCAAAACACCCAGUGAUGAGCAGGGAAGGGUUGCCCCCCAGACCACCAAGCACCGGGCUCCCCGGGAAGAGCCUGCAAACCUGUCCACAGUUUUCUGCUCUUUCCCAGCAGUUGUGGCUGGCACGUUAGGCAGAGGUUGGCUUUUCAGGUUUGGGGAAAUAAUUGCUGAUGCCACUUUGAGGCUGUACUGUUUUCUUUUUCUGGAUCCAAGUAAUGUUAAGUGGGAAAGCAUUUUUUCUCCAGGUGGAAAUGACAAAGAAGAAGGAAACGUGACCUUCUGGAAUUGAAAUUUACUGCAAAGAGCAGAACUGAUCUAAUAAAAUGAGCAUUUAUUGUGGAAAAAAUCAGUACUCAGGAAUUUGCUUUCAUCUCAAAAUCAAAUUGUGGCAUUUCUUCAUGGAAGUCUUCAAGAAAUCUAUCAGCAGGCACCUCUGAUGCAGCUGCAGCCCCUGAGACACAGCUCGCUCUCUCUCGGGUAAUAUUUCCAGACACAUGCACCUUCCCAGAAUGAGAACAGAGCUUCUUUUGAAGUUCCUGUCUUUUUUUCUAAAGCUCCAUUGCCACAGGGGCAGUGCUUCUAAAUUAAAAGUAAAUAGCUCGUUUAAUUAAGUGCUUCAGCAAAGAGAAAAUGGGAAAUGCAAGAGGCAGUUGUUUGUUACAAAAAGACGUCUGCAAACAAUACAAGCACAAUGGUACACUGGGGAAAACGCAAGACCGAGUUGUCCCAGCAUAUGAUAGAAAUGCCAUUAGAAAUUAAUUACAGACUGAGAAGUAAAACAAGUCGCAUGUCACACACGAGCCAAAAUAACGAGAAACCAGUAGCACCGUCUGGAAAGCCUUGUUGUCCUUACGCUGUGUGCAUCUCUAGACUACUCUGAUAAGACUUUGAAGACAGUUUAAAAAUAAAAUGGGAGAGAAUGUAACUGAGGGGGGGGAAACACAGGAUAAUCUCACCGGUUUAUUUUUAACAAAGUACAAUAAAACCACCCGGGAAUGCUCUAAUCUGUGUUGCCAGCUCUGGGUCCUGGGGAUCAGAUGUCACCAAGGCACUCAACCCUCCACGCAAAUCCCGGGGCAGGAUGCCCUGUUCCUGCUCCUCAGACCUGCAAGGAGCUAGACCAGGGAAGAGCUGCAGAUUCCCUCACUUUUCAGGAAUUUGCGGGUGGGGGAGUCUGCUGGUUCCUGCCCGUGAUCCUUUCCUGAAAACAGUUUUGAGCGAGCUUCUUAAAAACUAAUCAAAAUACAGCUCAGGAGUUGGGUUGGCAGAUGUUGACAGCUGCAUAGAUAUUGUCAGAGAGACCUCUGCAGAUCAUGCUCCACGUCAGGAGCUGGACCACAGGGAAAUGCUACAGCGCUGUCAGGAAACAAAACAAAACAAAAAACCCAGAUAAUUUUCUUUUCCUUCUCCUCCUUUUUUCUUUUCAUUGUCUCUCCAUAAUUUCCAAUUUCACCCUUCUGUGCUCUUGAUCUAAAGCUGGAUAU